GGACCCCGAUUUCCUGAUUUAGUAGCCUUUGUGUUUUGGGUGCGCCACCGUGAACAAUGCAGCUGCCGGGAUUUGUGAGUGGUGCAGAUUAUUCGCAAAGCGGGGCGACGCCUUCAACGGCGUCAGUGGCAUUGGUCUUCGGACCGCGCCAAGUAGUUAGGGGGAUUAAGGUGCGCGUUGCCAAGCUACCUCCAGGAGACGGACUUGUCGGCUUUGAGAAGGGAGAAAUGCUGCCGCGGCGAGCGCCCGGCCGUAUGGUCCGUCAGGAAUUUCCAGUCGUUGUUUCACGAGGCGCAGAUGAUUGGCAAGGCAAUUGGGGCAGCAGGUCGUGCAGCCUACGUGCAUCAUCGUCGCAGCUGGGCUGCGCCUCGGGUGCGUCUGAUGUUCACUGUCGCGCGCCAUUCAUUCGACAACCCCCUUGUCAAUCUACCUGUUCCCCGCCAUCGAUUGCAGUGAUCGAGCAGGUGCGUCUCUUCCCCACCUUACCCCCACAUGUACCCCGAGCUCCAAGGAGGCGCGCAGAUGUGUUCCUGGGCCCCC